CCCUCUCCUACUUCAUGGGAACCUUCCGGAAACGGCUCUGCACGAUCAAUAAGUAUUUUUUUUCCCUUUUUAUUGAACGCCGCUUUUCCAGCUUUUGUCCAUCCAUUGGGUCUCUCUUUGUUCCUCCUCAACCAGACGGCAUCAGGAGCUGAGUCUGCUUCGCGGUUCCAUAGAUUUUGAAUUGAAUUUGGAUCUCAAACUGUUUAGGGCUACGUACUAAUUGAUUAAUCCUGAGAUUCACAAUUAUUCGCCGCUUCCCAAGGUGCAGUUUAUUUGUUUGCUCUUUCAGGGGAAAAAAAGAAAGAAAGAAAGCAAUCUGUUGAUUUGUUUGGAGGAAAAAUAAAGAAUACAUUGAGAAGUACAAUGGAGGGUGGAGCUGCAGAGAAAGAACAGCAACAAGGAGCAUCGUACACUUAUUGGGUUAGGAAGAUCACGGAUGGUGCCGCGCCUAUGCCAGUACCCCAGAAGCUAACACCCGAAGAUGUCCUCUCUGGUCAACCUCGUUCAAACACAGUUGGUUCUGUCUGGAAUCGCGCUGGGACAUGGGAGGAGAGAAGCCUCAACAGUUGGGCAACUCAAAGAAUGAAGGAGUUGCUAAUGUCAGUAGGUUCCUUGCAGUUUUCUUCUGGGAGAGCAGAAAUAGAAGAUGUAACUAAAUGUGUUGGUGAUGCAUUUGUGGUGAUUGUUCGAAACAAGAAACGUGUUGGGUACAACUACGAGUUAACCUUAAAAGUUAAAGGGGAAUGGCUUGUACGAGAAGAUAAGAAGUUGGUCAAUGGCCAAAUUGAUGUCCCAGAAUUCUCAGUUGGUGAGCUGGACGACUUGAAGAUGGAAGUGAGGCUAAGCGAAGUGCCUGACCUCUUGCAUCAAGAUAAGAUACGGAUAGAGGAGGACUUGAAGCUAUUUUUGCAGCCUGUAAGAGAGAAGUUGCUUCAAUUUGAACAGGAAUUGAAAGAUAGGUAGAAAGAGAUAGCUCCUGUAUUUGUGAUGAACUAUAUGUAGUUCGUCCCCAUUUAUUUGGGACUACUAUUUCCGGUACGCAUCCGUUUGAAAAUAUCUUGUUUCAAUACUUCACCCAAAAAAAAUAUUAAAAGUCCUUUUAGAUAACCAAGCACCAUGCAUGGAGAGGCUUAAGAAUUCCUGGUCAAUUAUUGGGAUUUAUUGAACUUGAAGGUGUAACUGACUUUAGUGGACUAUGGAUCAUGUGUUUUGCGGA